CUUCAUUAGUUUCAAAAAUGCACUUUUGAAGAGAGAGGGAGAGAGAGCUGCAAAGAAAUUAGAGGAGAAAUGGACGGAGAAUUCCAGAACUUCAUCAAGGUAUGGAUUCUGGCCAUAACAUCUCUUUGUUAUUGUUACUACAUAUCAGCCAGAGUCCCCAAGGGUCUCCCAAGGCUGCUAUCCUUCCUCCCUAUUAUCUACCUUCUAUUCAUCCUCCCUUUCAGCCUCUCCACCGUUCACCUCUGCGGCAUCACCGCCUUCUGCCUUGCAUGGCUGGCAAAUUUCAAGCUCCUCCUCCUCUCCUUUGGUCAAGGCCCUUUGUCCCCAUCUCCACCUAAACUUUUCCAUUUCAUUUCCAUGGCUUGCCUCCCUAUAAAAGUCAAGCAAGACCCACCUUCACAGCCACCACAAACGUCAUCCUCAGCUAUCGGAAAAACUUUGAACAGUAAAAAUAGCGAAACCCCAUGCCGCCAUCAAAGCAUUCAAACACCCCAAAAGGCCUUCCCCAGAACUCAUAAACGUAUUUUAUUGUUCAUAAAAGCAGUGCUUCUUGCUGUUGUAUUUCAUUUGUACGAGUACAGGCAACAUUUGCCUAAAAAUAUGGUCCUUACUUUGUAUUGUUGCCACAUUUAUCUUGAACUUGAGAUUGCCUUAGCCUUGUGUGCAACCCCGGCCCGAGUCCUUCUGGGGUUCGAACUCGAGCCACAUUUCAACGAACCCUACUUAGCGACCUCACUCCAAGACUUUUGGGGCCGCAGAUGGAACCUCAUGGUCACACGUAUCCUACACCUAGCCGUAUACAACCCUAUACGCCGUAUAUCUAUGCCUGCCCUCGGAUCAAAGUGGGCCCCACUACCAGCUAUCUUGGCAGCGUUUGUCGUGUCGGGUUUAAUACACGAGUUAAUCUAUUACUAUUUCACGUGCAUGCAUCCAACGUGGGAAGUGACAUGGUUUUUUAUGCUACACGGUGUUUGUGUGGCUAUGGAGGUGGCGAUGAAGAAGAUCGUCACGACUGACAGGUGGAGGUUGCACCCAGCAAUUUCGGUGCCGUUGACGGUGGGGUUCGUGGUGGUGACAGGUUUUUGGUUGUUUUUCGCACAAAUUGUGACCUAUGGCAUAGAUGAGAAGCUUGUACAAGAAAGUUUAAUCUCUUUAAAUUUUGUAAAGAAAAUAUUGGGAAUGUGAUCGUAGAUCUGACAAAAGGCCCCUCAAGUAAUGGAAAUAUAUAUAGUUUAUUUGUAAUUGAAUCCUUUUUCAUAAAAAGAUGAGACAAUGGGGUAUCUAGAUUUACAAUAUCCUUCUGAUUUA